AUGGCAUGGCUCUCAUUUGGCAGCGCAAACUCGGGGCUCCAGAUUGGGAUUAAUAAUGCCCCUAUCCACAACCCGCAGUUCUAUCUGCCCUCAGAGCGACCCGAAACCCCACCGAAUCCUCUAUCGACCGUCCCGUUCCGUCGCGACCCAGACUUUGUCGACCGUGGAACGCUACUUGAUCAAAUACACGAAAAAGGCUCUGUACCGGGAUCUCGGAUAGCACUUCUCGGCCUAGGUGGCGUUGGAAAAUCGCAACUUGCUAUCGAAUACUGUUAUCGAGUUCGAGAUCAAUCGCCCGAGACGUGGGUUUUCUGGAUUCACGCCAGCAAUGCAACUCGCUUCGAGCAAAGUUGUCGAGAUAUUGUCGACCGAGCUCGGAUACCCGGUCGGCAGCAUCCCAAGGCAAACGUAUUCAAACUCCUUCAUGACUGGCUUCAGGACGAAACAAAGGGAAAAUGGGUUCUCAUCCUUGAUAACCUGGAUGAUGAGCAAUCACUCCAUAAAAUUUCACUGGUCGCUCAGGAUGGCCUAGGGAGUAAUCAGAGUGGCACGCCAGAACAAUGUAUCCGGGCAUACUUCCCGCAGAGCUUGAACGGCUUAAUCAUCAUGACAAGUCGGCGCAGACGCGUGGUAUCACACAUGGUGGAAGAUAGGGAUAUUAUUUUAGUUGAACCGAUGGACGAAACCCAUGCAACAACACUCUUUGACAAGAAGCUCGGAGUGCAAGCUGCCAGGGAAGACGUCAUUCAGCUGACUGCGGCACUCGAGUUCAUGCCGCUUGCGAUUGUACAAGCCGCGGCCUAUAUCAAGCAACGGUUACCGCGCCUAUCAGUUACACAGUAUCUGGAAAACUUUCGGAGAAGCGACCGCCAGAAGAAAAGCCUCCUUACUUAUGAGGGGGGCCAGCUUCGCAGAGACUGGGAAGCCAAAAACUCCAUCCUCAUCACCUGGCAAAUAUCAUUUGAUUGUAUUCGGCAAGAAAGCCCAUCCGCGGCGGAUUUAUUGUCUCUUAUGAGCUUUUUCGAUAGACAGGGCAUACCUGACAGUCUACUUCGAGAAAACGAAGAGAUGAGACAGAAAUUGAGCGGUGUUCCUGCAUCUAACGUGGAUCCGACAAGGGAUGGCAGGAAUGAAGACGAAAGCGCAAGUGUCAGCGUGGUUGACAAGUUUGAGGACGAUAUAUUGGUGCUAAGAGACUACUCGUUCAUAUCCAUCAGUGCAGAUGGAGUGAACUUUGAGAUACAUCGCCUGGUACAACUAGCUAUGCAAGAGUGGCUAGAGGCGCAUGAACAGCUUGAAAAGUGGGAGGGACAGUUCAUCCGAACCCUUCACCGCAAAUUCCCAGAAGGAAAAUAUGAGAACUGGCCUAGGUGCCAGUUGCUAUUCGCUCACGUGCAAAAAGCAGUUGCACACCAGCCACAUGAAAAGGACAUAUUAGGAGAAUGGGGUUCGCUGCUUCACGAGGCAGCAUCUUUUGCCUGGACUCGAGGAGAUUUCGUCGAUAGCCAAAUAAUGGCAAAGAAAGCAACAAUUGCAAGGUUGAAUUUAUUCGGCCUGGAUAAUGAAAAGACGCUUGACAGCUUUGAAAUGCUUGGGUUGGCAUACAAGCUUGGAGGCCAGUGGAACGACGCCGAAAAGCUACAGCUACAAGUAAUGGAGACCCGCAAGCAGAUCUUAGGACCAGAGCAUCCCGACACUCUGGAUAGCAUUACCAACCUGGCCUUAACCUACUGCGAUCAGGGUCGAUGGAAGGACGCUGAAGAGUUACAGUUGCAAGUAAUGGAGAGCUAUAAGCGGGUCUUAGGGCUAGAGAAUCCUCAUACUCUGGUUGGCAUUGGCAACCUAGCCUCAACCUACCGGAAUCAGGGUCGAUGGAAGGACGCCGAAGAGCUAGAGUUGCAAGUGAUGGAGACCCGCAAGCGGGUCUUAGGGCCAGAGCAUCCCGACACUCUGACUAGCAUGAACAACCUAGCCUCAACCUACCGGAAUCAGGGUCGAUGGAAGGACGCCGAAGAGCUAGAGUUGCAAGUGCUGGAGACCCGCAAGCGAGUCCUAGGGCCAGAGCAUCCCGACAUUCUGAAUGGCAUGAACAACCUAGCCUUAACCUACUGGAAUCAGGGUCGAUGGAAGGACGCCGAAGAGCUACAGUUGCAAGUGAUGGAGACCCGCAAGCGGGUCUUAGGGCCAGAGCAUCCCGACACUCUGACUGGCAUGAACAACCUAGCCCAUACCUUUAGGUCAUUGGGUCAAGACAAGACCGCUUUGCUGUUGAUGGCCGAAUGCGUUCGACUCCGCGACCAAAAACUAGGCCCUGACCACCCGCAUACCGUGUCUUCCAAGUCUACUUUAAAUGAAUGGCGUGCGAAGGGUGACCACCCGUCUUCCCAGUCUGACAAAAUGGCAACGAAAACAAAAGAGGACCCAAUCCUAGCCAGUUUUACAGAAACCUCAAAGCGAGUUUCCCAAGCCGACGGACACCGUAGGUGCGAAAUCUUCUCGCGCCUCUUCAGCAGAAAGCAGGAUUAA